GGGCUUGGUCAUCGUCUAUGAUCCACAAAAGACCACCCUUGACCGUUGUGCCUUAUAUAACGACGGGACGUUACCAGUGGAGCAUUGUCUUUUGUUUGAUUCUGUUAGAAGAUGGAUCAAAUGUUUGCUGUAUAGUUAUACAAUGGGACUGGUUACUGCAAUGAUGUUGCUGAACUCACCAUCCAUCAUUGGACAUGCUUGAUUCCUAUGGUGGAGUGUUUUUUUCCUUUCUAAGGAAGAGAGCCUUGAUGUGUGCAGUAUGAGUAAGACGCCCCCUAACAGAAGAGGGAUAACAUUUGAGGUGGGAGCUCAGCUUGAGGCCAGAGAUAGCCUCAAACACUGGUAUGCUGCCAACAUUGAAAAGAUUGAUUACGAUGACGAGAAGGUGCUGAUUCAUUACCGUCAGUGGAGCCACCGUUACGACGAGUGGUUUGACUGGACAAGUCCGUACCUGAGACCCGUGGAGAGGGUCCAGCUGAGGCGUCAAGGCCUGCAGGACGACGCUCCUGGGCCUGGUUUUCAAGUGAACGAUAAGGUCCUGGCAAGCUGGUCUGACUGCCGAUUCUAUCCUGCUAAAGUCAUCUCCGUCAAUAAAGAUGCAUCGUACACUGUGAGGUUCUUUGAUGGCGUCAUUCAGACAGUGAAGGGAAUACACGUGAAACCUUUUAAAGAGAGAGGUGCGGGGAAACCUCGGAGCUUGGAAAGGAAUAUGGUUCGGAGAGUGGCCAACCGCAGGAGGCCCCAAGUGAACGGGGACCCCAGGACCAAGCGGGCUCGACGCAGCACCUCUGACCAGGAGGAUGAGAGCAACAGUGAAGACGACGAGCAUGAAGCCAGAAUGGCGAACAGGAAAAACAAGAGAGCAAACGGUAAAAUGGAGCCCUCCCCCGCUCUGAAACAGGCAGAGGAGAAAAUAGUUCAGGCGGACCAGAAGAAGCCCGGUGAUGCAGAAGCAGGCGCUCGGCUUACAAAUGGCGCCGCUGACUGUCAUAAGGAGGAUGAGGAGUUGCGUGUGAAUGGCCAAGUGCCAAAGGAGGAAGCGGACAUUGAGGCGGGCGCAGCACAGCCAUACCCUGACACGGACAAGCCAUACACACCGGUGCCCGACCACGCCCAGCCCGCGCCCGCAGACUCCAAUGGCGACGUGGAGCAGAAACCAAGCAUCCAAUCGGAGAGCUCUCAGCCCGCAGUGGAUGUGGCGCCGCCGCCUCCUCAGCCUGUGAAGCCGGUGAGGAAGCAGGGCUUCCACAAUCCAAACAGAUUCAGCAGAGAACCACUGUACCGCGUUAUCAAAAACCAACCCCCUCCCGUGCUCUCCAUCAACCUGGACCAUAACCCCUUCAAGUGUAGCGCCCCUGGCUGCACCAAGUCAUUCCGUAAAGCCAAGCUGCUGCACUACCACAUGAAAUAUUACCACGGCGAGGAGCAACCUCUGGAGGCCGAGUGCAGCCCCUCCAGGAGCAUCCAGACCAGGGCGUCGGAGAAGCAGGCCACCGGCUCCGGCUUGGACGGCCCGAAGAGAAGGCGAACCAUCUCUGCUUCCAUGCACACCGUCGUAGCUGCUGCAGCCACUCGAGGUGAAGUGAAGGCUGCGGGCAGACGCACAUCCGCUCCCUCUGCAAUCAGCACACAUGGCCAUCAGCAGAGGGCGCUACUGAGGGAGAAGAGCAAGGAGAACCAGCUUGACAGAAACGGGUGCCAGCAGGAUAAAGUGACAGACAAGUGCGGCUUCGACAAUGGUCCCAUCAAAGAGAGGCCAAAAGAAAAACCCAAACAGAAGGACUUCCUCCGCAUCAAGCUAAAGAAGAGGAAGAAAAAGAAGAAAGUCCAGUCUGACUGCACAGGUAGUGAGGAGAAUAUUGACAUCUCAGUAUUGUGCCCUCCACCCAAAUUGAAAAUGCCACUCAAACAUCCCCCCUCACACAAUCACAAGGCUGAGGCCUACCCCAGCAGGCCCGGAUACAGCGACUCAAUGCUGAUAAAUGUGGAUGAUGAAGAUAGCUUAAGUGACUGGUCCACCGACAGCUGUGGGUGGAGCGACGAGGACUAUGGGGUGGAUGUGACCACCCCACCCCUGAGCCUGGACUCUGGUGCCGUGAGCAACGACCAGGAGAUCGUACGAUGCAUCUGUGAGGUGGAAGAAGAGAACGACUUCAUGAUCCAGUGUGAAGAAUGUUUGUGCUGGCAGCAUGGUGCGUGCAUGGGCCUGCUGGAAGACAACGUUCCAGAUAGAUACGCGUGUUAUAUCUGCAGAGACCCCCCAGGCCAGAGGCAGAGUCUGCGCUACUGGUAUGACCGCGAGUGGCUGAGCAACGGCCAUAUGUACGGCUUGUCCUUCUUGGAUGAAAACUACUCUCACCAGAACUCCAAGAAGAUCACCACCACACACCAACUGCUGGGAGAUGUCCAUCAUGUGGUGGAGAUCCUCAACGGACUGCAUCUGAAGAUGAACAUUUUACAGAGCAACACCCAUCCUGACCUGAAGCUGUGGCGCCAACCUUGGAAGCGCAUCGCGAGGCCAGCGGUGAACCCUGACUCCUGCCGCGGCAGCAACACGGCUCCCUCUCCCGUGACCCCUGAUGAGGACAUGACUCGAGGCGAGAUUUUAAUGUCCAAUGCCCUGGAGAAGCUGAGCCGGGCCGCUGCCACCUCGUCCUCGUCGUCAUCCUCGUCCUCGUCCCCAUUCCCGUCAUUCCAGGACUCGUACAUCACCAGCGAACACUGCUACCAAAAACCGUGGGCAUACUACCCGGCGGUGGAGCAGCGGCUGGUCGUGGAGACCCGCCAGGGCUCGGAGCUGGAAGACAGCAUGAGGAGCACAGAGGAGCUGCUGGAGCGAGAGCAGCGUUUUGGCAGCCUGCUGGAGGCGGACAAACCCAAGUCCAUCACCGUCAAGAACAAGGCUGUGACGGGAAGCUCUUGGUCUGAGGUGGAGAUGAAGAGGGAGGCCUGGCAUCACCCCGAGGAGACUGCAGACACCAGACCACAACAGCAGUGGCAGAUCAACUUACUGGAUCACAUCGAUGCAGUCCAGGACGAGGUCUCGCACAGGAUGGACUUCAUUGAGCGCGAGUUGGAUGUGCUGGAAAGCUGGUUGGACUACACCGGGGAGCUGGAGCCUCCUGAGCCGCUGGCCCGCCUGCCUCAGCUCAAACACCGCAUGAAGCGGCUGAUGUCCCAGCUGGGAAAGGUGCAGCAGAUCGCCGUGUUUAGCUCCACAUGAGGGCGCCAGAGAACGGCAGCAGAGAAACUGCACGCAGUCGAUGGACGACGCGACACUGGUUGUCCAGUAGUUGUCUCUGAGCUCAAGUUUGCGGCCGUUUCUCCUCCUUUUCGGGGUUCUACGCGGUGAAAUGGGAUGCGACAGGGAGGUGUAAUACUGACACACUUACACAAACACGUAAGGGAAAGGUCAGCGUUAUCAAUCAGGAUUAAACACAAUGAGUAACCUCGUAAAUGCAAUUGAAAGUCCUUUGGACCAGAUGACACAAUGGUUCCCAUGCAACCUGACAAAAUGCCUUUUGUCUGCCAUACAGCUAAAGGUCCUCGUGUAUUUUUCUCGGUGCACACUGCAGUAAAGACGAGCUUUAUAUUCCGGUUGUCGUUAAGUUCCGCCGUUGAUUUGAAGAAAUGGCUGCGGUUUUUGCAUCGGCAAUGUUCCCUUAUUGUAUCGUUAAAGUGUCAUCUUCAACACGCCGUCUUGUUUUGGAAUGGCACUUUUACAUCCUUGUCAAACUCUUCCGUCUGGUGUUCACUUCCUGGAUGCUUUUGGUUUUCUUCUGCACUGUGAAGUUAUUUUUGUCCUCAAUCAAAGGUAUCUUCUUACAGAAACGGUGACAUGCGUGGAUUCUGUUUUUGUCCAAACUGGCGCGUCUCUCUCUCUCUCCCAGUUUCCUCAUCAGUGUGCUGUUGUUUGUGUUUCAGUUACAGUAUUCCUUAAUCCGACUGUUUGCUUAUUGCUGCUGUAGCACUUAACUACUCAUUCUAGAUUCAUUCUAGAUUCAUUCUAGACCGUCUCCCUCCUUCAGUUGCACCGUGGGCUCCUUUGGCUCAUGACCAACGCUCUGUAGACAACCUGGAAAUGUCUUGUUUUGUUUCUCCUUACUAUCGUUUCACUCGUUAGUUUACAAUACUUUGGUUGUUUGUAAAUAUGUUCAUUUAAAUAUGCCCUUUCCUGAAAACAUUCUCCAAAUACAGAUGUCCUAAGCUACUGUACUAUCUGGCGUAGAGCAGGGAAAAUGUCGACACAUUUGCUGGUACAUAAAUAAACUAUCAUUAUUAAUCAUAA